GAUCGAGGGGCGGGGCCCGGGCGAGACCCGAGCCGAAGUCGGAGCCGGACCCGGAGUCCCAGCCGAGCCCUGCGCAGCUGGAGCCGCCAUGCGCCGCCCUGGACCCGCCUGCUGCGCGCUGCUGCUGGUCCUGGGGCUCUGCCGGGCGCGCCCCCGGAACGUGCUGCUGAUCCUCGCGGAUGAUGGGGGCUUUGAGAGUGGUGCGUACAACAACAGCGCCAUCGCCACUCCGCACCUGGACGCCUUGGCCCGCCGCAGCCUGGUCUUCCGCAAUGCCUUCAGCUCCGUCAGCAGCUGCUCACCCAGCCGCGCCAGCCUCCUCACUGGCCUGCCCCAGCACCAGAACGGCAUGUACGGGCUGCACCAGGACCUGCACCACUUCUCCUCCUUCGACAAGGUGCAGAGCCUGCCGCUGCUGCUCCGCCAAGCCGGCGUGCGCACAGGCAUCAUCGGGAAGAAGCACGUGGGGCCCGAGGCGGUGUUCCCCUUUGACUUCGCCUACACAGAGGAGAACGGCUCUGUCCUCCAGGUGGGGCGGAACAUCACCAGAAUUAAGCUGCUAGUCCGGAAGUUUCUGCAGACUCAGGACGACAGGCCCUUCUUCCUCUAUGUCGCCUUCCACGACCCGCACCGCUGCGGACACUCCCAGCCCCAGUACGGGGCCUUCUGUGAGAAGUUCGGCAACGGAGAAAGCGGGAUGGGGCGCAUCCCAGACUGGAGCCCCCAGGCCUACGCCCCUCAGGACGUGCUGGUGCCUUACUUCAUCCCUGACACCCCAGCCGCCCGAGCCGACCUGGCUGCUCAGUAUACCACCACCGGCCGCAUGGACCAAGGGGUGGGGCUGGUUCUCCAGGAGCUGCGUGGAGCAGGGGUCCUGAACGACACGCUUGUGAUCUUCACGUCUGACAACGGAGUCCCCUUCCCCAGUGGCAGGACCAACCUGUACUGGCCGGGGACUGCCGAGCCCUUGCUGGUGUCAUCCCCAGAGCACCGGCGACGCUGGGGCCAGGUCAGCGACGCCUACGUGAGCCUCCUUGACCUCACGCCCACUGUCCUGGACUGGUUCUCCAUCCCCUACCCCAGCUAUGCCAUCUUUGGCUCAAAGACCGUCCGGCUCACUGGCCGGUCCCUCCUGCCAGUGCUGGAGGCAGAGCCCCCGUGGACCACUGUCUUCGGCAGCCAGAGCCACCAUGAGGUCACCAUGGCCUACCCCAUGCGGUCUGUCCACCACCAGAACUUCCGCCUCGUGCACAACCUCAACUUCAAGAUGCCGUUCCCCAUCGACCAGGACUUCUACGUCUCGCCGACCUUUCAGGACCUCCUGAACCGCACGGUGGCCGGCCGGCCCACGGGCUGGUACAAGGACCUCCACCAUUACUACUACCGGGAUCGCUGGGAGCUCUACGACCAGAGCCGGGACCCCCACGAGACCCACAACCUGGCUGGCGACCCGCGCUUUGCCCAGGUCCUGGAACUGCUCAAGGCCCGACUGGCCAAGUGGCAGUGGGAGACCCAGGACCCCUGGGUGUGCGCCCCCGACGGCGUGCUGGAGGACAGCCUCACUCCCCAGUGCCGGCCACUCUACAACGAGCUGUGACGUGCCGCUGAGGACGGGGUAGUGAUGACAGCGCACGCUCUCCACCGCCCCCCUGACGAGGGCUGGUCCGGGGUGCUGGCGUCCUUCCUGCCUCUGCCUGGGGGACCAGUAUGUGCCCGGCCCCUUCCUUUCCCAGGGUGGUGCCGGAGAAGGGGCACUGCAUCUAGGCAUGGGGAUUCUGGGAGACGCUGGGACAGGGCAGGGACCCACAGAUGUAGGGGCAGGGAUCAGGUCCCGGGACAUUUUAGUCUUUGGAAGCAGCCUCUGAGCCGUCCUGAGAAGAGGUGGGGGUUCUGUAUGCCAGGUGGUGAGGGGCCGGCGUGGGUGUCUGGCCCUGGCCCACCUCCUCUGGAAGCCUUUGAGACCCUUCGGUGCUCCAGUUAGGUACUGGCCCUGGGGGUCGCCACCAGGCCCAGGCUCCCUGGAUGACAAGAUUGAGCCUGUGGUCUUCCUGGGUAAAUAUGAAAGUAUGGAGACGCCCAGUCCCCUGGCUCGGGUGGUCCUCACACCAGUGCCCCGGGCACAGACAUUGCCCACAGAAUGCCCUGCCUGCCUCCCUGCGGCAGAAAACUGGGCCCGGAAAACCCAGAAGGUGAGGGCCGCCCUUCACCCUUCCCUGCCCCUGGACCUCGUACUGGGAGCGACAGGCCAGAGUACGGUAAAGGCUUUUCAUUGUAGUGAAACAC